AUGUUCUGUGCUGGUGUUUCAAAAUUGGAGAUGAUGAACAAUUUCCAAGCGAAAUAUCUUCGUUCGGGGCACGGCAUUGUGAGGGGAAAGAAGAAGAAGAAGAAGAAGAAGAAGAAGGAAGAACUUGUUCAAAUAUUUGAGUAG